AUGACUCUCCAACUGAGAGCCAGACACCGAACUCUAACAAAACCACCUCUCACUCACCUCUUCUCCACCACCUCCUCCUCAGACCCAUCCGACCCAUCAGACCCAAAAGACCCAACAGACCCAAAUCCCCAAUCUCACUCUUCCUCGCUCACCUCCUAUUUCAGCGAUGUCAAAGCCAGCCUCAAACAACAACAACAACAACCACAACAACAGAGAAGACCGAUUUCUCAAAAUCCCUCAUUUUCGAACCAUCCUCUGUCCAGGACCUCCGGAGCGGCUUCCUUGGAAGAAAUCCGCAAAAACCUCUCGGAGUUUCGGCGGCGAUCCGCUGUGCCGGAACCUACAGACUCAAACUCUGCACCUUCACAGCAAUCUUCAACAGCUCAAGGUUCUACACAGCAAAUCUCUUUAGAAGAGCUUUAUCAGAGAAAUGUGCUUGGCAAGUCUGAGGACCCCAAUGCCGAUAAGGGUGGGAAGCUCUCUUUCGAUGCGAUCCGAGAGAGCUUGAAGAAGAUAAAGUCGAAUACCAAUGUGCAAAGUGAUAGGAAGAGUGUGGACCCUAUGUCCUUAUCGGCAUUUACCAAUAGUUUGAAGCUCAAGCCGAAUGUGAUCGGCGGGACUGACACUUUGCCGAUGUCGAUUUUUGGGAAGGAGAAGAUAAAGGGGAGAAAUGAAGAAGAGGGCUCGAAUGCAAUGAAGACAGAUUUUGUGAAGUUGUAUGACCAUGCAGAGCUGGGGGAGAAGUUGAGGAUGUUGAGGCCGGAGGCCAAGGGGGAUAGCUGGUUUUCAUUGAAGGAGUUAAAUGAGAGGUUGAUGAAGUUGAGGGAGAUGGAAGAGAAGGAGACUCAGGCGGCUAUGAGCGGCGUUUCGUUUAGGGAUUUGAGGGAUAGCUUGGUGAAAUUGAAGAUUUCGGAUGACGAGAAGGUGAAGAAAACUUCGAUCCAGAGGCUUGAUAUCUUGGGCCAGUUCGGCCGAACUCCUAGCUUUAUGCUGCAACCUCCCAAGGAAUACUUGGUUGAAAAGUAUUUCCAUCCAGAUAACAUGUCUUCUGCAGAAAAACUGAAAAUUGAGCUUGCCAAAGUUAGAGAAGAAUUUAAAAUGUCAGAGUCAGAUUGUGGUUCUGCACGAGUUCAAGUGGCACAGCUCACAACCAAGAUCAAACAUCUAGCUUCAGUUUUACACAAAAAGGAUAAGCAUUCCCGUAAGGGUCUUCAAGCGAUGUUGCAAAGAAGGAAGAGGUUAUUGAAGUAUCUUCGAAAAACUGACUGGGAUUCUUACUGCUUUGUUCUCUCUAAACUUGGUCUCCGGGACAAGCCAGAGAUUCUCUCUAAACUUGGUCUCCGGUACAAGGCAGAUAACAAAACUUAG